AUGAGCCACAACCUCUUUAAUUUAAGGCUUUACUCAACUGUUUAUUUCAGGAAGACAAUGGCCACACCUGCUCCUCCAGUGUCAUUUUCCUCUACUAAAGAGACCACCAAUUAUGCAAGACUUUGUCGUCUUCUGGUUGAUGUGGGAUCUUGUGUGCUACGGGACACAUUUGACAGGAUUAAUCCCCCAAGCGACCUUCACAAACACUUGGCGACACAUCACACCAAACUUCAGCAACUUCAAAAGAAAAAAGUCUUAAAUCCAACACAAUGGGGAAAGUUAUACCCAGCAAUACCUACCUCAGUAUCAUCAAAAAACUUUGACAUAACUCUUCUGACAGUCCUACUGAGGAACAUUUGUAGCCUAGGACCACCAGCCACUGGAUGGGAUGCACUUCCCCCUGUCAUAGAUAUGAGCACAGAGGCCGACAUUGCUCGAGUGAAAUACUUUAGAAAUACAGUGUAUGGCCAUGCUGAGAAGGCUUCUGUGGAUGAUACUACAUUCAAUGUGUAUUGGCAGGACAUCAAGGAUACUUUAGUGAGACUUGGAGGACCUGCAUAUGGAGUGGCAAUUGAUAAUCUUAAAAAUGAGUGCAUGGACCCUGUAUUUGAGGAACACUACAGAGAACUUCUAAAGGAGUGGAAAAGAGAUGAUGAUAACACCAAAGACAAACUGGACGAAAUUGAUCAGAAACUUGAAGAACUGAUAUUGAAAGCUUCAACAAGCACACCAUUGCCAAAAGGUAGAUUUUAAAUUUACUAAUUAAGAGUGGUGAGGAUGGAAGGAGAGGGAGAAACAAAUUAUAAUAGAGAAGGGGAGGAAAACAGAGGUGGACCUAAUUAGGACAGAAGAAACUAAGAAAAAUCUCCCAAUCUUGUCAUUCAAUCGUAUUUUCCAUUUCAUCUUUCAUUUUCCUCUUCAUUUCACUUUUUUAUUCCUGUUUUUGUUUCCUUUCAGUUUUUUCCUUUUUUCCUCUUUCCCUUGAUUUAUUCAUAUUUUCUUCACCUUCCCAUUUGAAGUACAAAAAGGAGAAAAUUAAGCAAAUCAAACACAAUUCCAAGUUUUUUUAAAUUUAAUAUUCAAUACCAUUAUGAAAGCAAAAUUAAUCCUUUAUUACCUAAUUUACCUUAAUUUAAUUUCAGAUGUUGAAGAGCCAACUAAACUUAUAGAAAGGAUUCGCCAACUUUACCAGAUACGGGAAGGAAGAAUUUCACCAUUUCCUUGGUGUGAGUUCUUCAACUUUGACAUUAAUGAGAUAUUUACCAUGCCAACCAUUGUCAGGCAAGACAAAACUAGAAGAAGAGCUGUAGAACAGGUAACCAGCAUAACUGGAGUCUUUAAACCUCACAGUGGAUGCUCCAAGCCUAGAACUGUCCUGAUUGAGGGAGAACCUGGAAUGGGCAAAACAACCUACUGUCAAAAGGUAGUGUAUGACUGGGCUGAUGGUAAAGAAACAGAUGCUUCUUUCCCAAAAAUUAAAUUGGUUCUCCUGCUCAAAUGUCAUGACAUGUCGGGCAACAUCUGGGAAGCCAUUGAUGAUCAGUUGCUUCCUCAAGAUAUUGAAGAGGAAGAAAGAGAGAACUUCUUCAAGUACAUUCGUGCCAAUCAGUCCCAGGUUCUGCUGGUUUGUGAUGGAUUGGAUGAAGCACCUACCAAUGUUGUGGAACUGUUUUCCCGCCUUGUUGAGAGCAGAGAACUCUCAAAGUGUCAUAUAAUUCUUACAUCCAGGCAAGAGGGGAGUGUUAAGAUUAGUAAGUUUUGUGACACCUUGCUUCAAAUGGAAGGAUUUGUUUCAGAUAAUUCUCACAAUUACAUCAUGCAUUACUUCAAAGACUUGGAGGCACAGGGACAAAACCUUCUGAAGGACAUAGAACAAAAUAUUGAACUUAGAGAACUGAUUGUCAAUCCCUUAUUCACAGCAUUGCUUUGUCUUGUUUAUGAAGAUUUAAAAAGUGGUCUGCCUCUAAGCAAGACUCAGUUGUAUCUUGAAAUCACAGAAUGCAUUCUUAAGAGAUUUUGCCAAAAACAAGGAUUGUCUCACAAUAAUGACGACCUAACUGAAGUUUUCAAGGAAGAGCUGGAACAAUUGGGAAGUAUAGCCUUGAAGGCCUUGAAGAAAGAUAAAAUGCAUAUUGAAGACAGUGAAUUUCCAGGAACAACAGGAAAAUCACCUCUAUUUGAAUUUUUAUCAGUUCAGUCUAACAGCAGCAAAAGAAGAUCCCAUACAUGCUACCGAUUUUCACACAAGAGUUUUCAAGAAUUCUUUGCAGGUCUUUAUCUCUCUAACCAAAUUUUGAAAAGGGAAACAGACUUUGAGACUCUGCUUGCAAGUGAAAGACAAAACUUAAAGUUUCUUGAACCAGUCAUUUUGUUCACUGUUGGUAUUCUUGGCCAUAAAAGAGAAAAUGGAGCCUUGUCUCUUUUACAUAUCAUUAUCAAGAAAGCCAAUCUUUUCAAAAACUUAAAGUUUCACAAUUUUUAUUUGUGCUUUGCUUUAAAUUGCAUUGGUGAAUGCUCCACAGAAAAUUCAGGACUUCGAUCCCAGAUGAUAAAUUUGCUAGGAACAAACCUAGAACUUCAAGAGAUGAUGAUAUCUGACAACAGUUUUCCCAUUAAGUUGUUUCUUGAGGCCCUUCAAGUUAACAGCACACUUACUCAUUUAUUCAUCAUGGUUCCAGUGAUGGGAGACCAGUCUAUUGUGUCCUUGGCAAAUAUGCUUCAAGUCAAUAAAACUCUGACUACAGUUAGAAUUGAUGCAGAAGGUUUUUUCAGUGCACAUACUGUGCAACAACUGGCUGAUUCUCUAAUGGUUAACAAAACAUUAAAUUGCUUGAUGUUUAUGGGAAAUGCAUGGGGCAAUGAUGCAGUCAGGAUCUUGGCAGGUUAUAUGAAGAGGAGUGAAAGCUUGAGUUCCUUAGAUCUUAAUUAUUGUGGUGACAUUGGUGAUGCAGGAGCCACAGCACUUGCAGAGGUUUUAAGGACCAGCACCACUUUAAACAGUUUGGGCCUUUCUAAUAACCCAGGUAUUGGUAAUCCCAGUGUUACGUCACUGUGUGAGGCUCUGAAAGUCAACACAACUCUUAGUUCAUUAAAUUUGUCUGGAACUGGUAUUAGUGAUGCUGGUGUUCUUUCUCUUGUGGAAGUUCUCAAAACCAAUGCCAGCAGCCUAACCUCAUUGUUCCUAUCAGAUAUCAAAAUAAGUCAUCAAAGUAUAAAGUCUAUUGCAGAAAUCUUGAGAGUCAACUCUACUUUGAAAAACCUUAAAUUUGAAGGAAAUAAGGUUGGUGUUGGUGGAACAAAGUUGAUAGCUGAAAGCCUUAAAGCCAAUACAACCCUGAAACUUCUCAGUCUCUCAAGGAACAACAUCAAAGCUAAAUGUGGCCAUUUAUUUUCUGAUUCCCUCAAAGUUAAUGGGACACUGGAAUCUCUGACUUUGGCAAAUAAUGCCCUUUGUUCUCGUGGUGCUCAACUUCUAUCAGAUGGGCUCAGAGUGAAUACCUCACUUAGACAUCUGGACCUGUCUUGGAAUUUUAUUGGUAGUGAAGGUGCAGAGUCAAUUGCAGAGACCAUCAGAGUUAAUGCUUCACUGACCAGCUUGGAGCUAAAAGGGAACAAUAUUGGUGAUCCUGGAGCCAACAAAGUUUCUGAAGCUCUUAAAGUCAAUGUUUCUCUGAAGGCCCUGGAUUUGUCAGGUAAUGCCAUUGGUGCUGCUGGAGCUGAGUCAAUUGCUGAGGCCCUUAAAAUUAAUGCUACUCUGACUUUUUUACACCUUAAUCAUAAUGUCAUUGGUGAUAAUGGAGCCCAAUCACUUUGUGAGGCUCUUAAGAAAAAUGCCACCUUGACCACCCUGCAUGUUUGUAACAACAAUAUCCAUUCAGCUGGUGCUCAAGCAUUUGAUGAGCUCCAAGGACAUAAUAACACCUUAAAGGAAGUAGCUAUGAUCAUGAACAAUAUUGGUGACCUAGGUGAUCAUGGGGAUCAAGAAUUUAAUGAAGUCCCCAUGGGAAGCUUGCCUUUUUUUCCUAUUUCAUGUGAUCUUUCACUGCGCUGUACUGAUCAAGGAAGCUUUGAUGUAUUUGUUUCUAAAGACACUUUGAUGCUACCUCAACAGUGA